UCCAGAUCUUCUGCUCUUCUUCCUCUAUAAACAAAACAUGGGGUUUCCCCCUCUACAAUCCCAAAACAAAUCAACAGUCCUCUUCUCUCAACAAUGCCUGGAAGCUUAAGGAAUCUGUCACUUUCUCCCAAAAUCUUCUCCUUCACCUUGCUUCUCUCAUUAAACAUCCUUCUCUUUCCAUGUUGUUACUCCCUUAAUGAACAAGGCCAAGCUCUUUUAGCAUGGAAAAACAGUUUAAACAGUACUCUAGAUGCAUUAGAAUCAUGGAAUCCUUCACCUCCAAGCCCAUGCAAUUGGUUUGGGGUGCACUGCAACUCACAAGGAGAUGUGAUAGAGAUAAACCUGAAAUCAGUGAACUUACAAGGCUCAUUACCUUCAAAUUUUCAACCUCUCAUGUCCUUGAAGAUUCUUGUCCUCUCAUCAACCAACAUCACAGGAAGGAUUCCAAAAGAGAUUGGAGACUAUCAAGAGCUCAUCUUUGUUGAUCUUAGUGGAAAUUCUCUUUUGGGUGAAAUCCCAGAAGAGAUUUGCAGCCUAAGUAAACUUGAGACUUUAUCUCUCCAUACAAACUUCCUUGAAGGAAAUAUUCCAUCCAACAUUGGAAAUCUAUCAAGUCUUGUGAACUUGACAAUCUAUGACAAUCAUCUGAGUGGUGAAAUUCCAAAGAGUAUUGGCUCAUUAAGCAAACUACAAGUAUUCAGAGCAGGUGGCAAUAAAAACCUCAAGGGUGAGAUCCCAUGGGACAUUGGAAACUGCACCAACUUGGUCAUGUUAGGCCUUGCAGAAACCAGCAUUUCUGGGUGUCUUCCUUCUUCAAUCCAAAUGCUGAAAAGAAUUAAGACCAUAGCCAUUUACACCACUCUAUUGUCAGGCUCCAUUCCAGAAGAGAUUGGCAAUUGCAGUGAGUUGCAGAACCUGUACUUGUAUCAAAACUCUAUCUCAGGUUCAAUCCCAAGCCAAAUUGGAGAGCUCAGCAAGCUAGAGAAUCUACUUUUGUGGCAAAACAACAUAGUUGGUACAAUCCCAGAAGAGCUUGGAGGCUGCACAGAGAUCAAAGUCAUAGAAUUAUCAGAAAAUCUUCUCACAGGUAGCAUACCAAGGAGUUUUGGUCAGCUUUCAAAUCUCGAAGAACUUCAACUGAGUGUCAAUCAGCUCUCAGGUACAAUACCUCCUGAAAUUUCAAACUGCACUUCUCUGACUCAACUUGAAGUUGACAACAAUGCUCUCUCAGGUCAGAUUCCUGAUCUUAUUGGUAACUUGAGAAGCUUGAAUCUGUUCUUUGCAUGGCAGAACAAGCUAACAGGAAAAAUCCCAAAUAGUCUUUCAGAGUGCCAAGACCUUCAGGCACUUGAUCUGUCUUACAACAAUUUGAUUGGUCCAAUACCAAAACAACUAUUUGGGUUGAGGAAUCUCACCAAACUUCUCCUUCUUUCCAAUGAUUUAUCAGGCUUUAUACCUCCUGAUAUAGGUAACUGCACAAGUCUCUACAGGCUGCGUUUGAAUCAGAAUAGACUUGCAGGUAACAUUCCACCUGAGAUUGGAAACUUAAGGAGUUUGAAUUUUGUGGAUAUGAGCAGCAAUCAUCUUGUAGGGGAGAUUCCUUCAACACUAUCUGGAUGCCAAGAUCUUGAGUUUCUUGACCUUCAUUCAAAUAGUCUCACAGGUUCUGUACCAGAUUCUUUGCCCAAAAGCCUUCAAUUGAUUGACUUGUCAUACAAUAGGCUAACAGGUGCAUUGAGUCAAAGCAUUGGUUCAUUAACUGAGUUAACCAAACUCAACCUGGGAAACAAUCAGCUAAGUGGAAGAAUCCCAUCAGAGAUCUUAUCUUGCUCUAAGCUACAACUUCUAGACUUGGGAAGCAAUAGUUUCACUGGAGAAAUACCAAAGGAAUUAGGCCUAAUUCCUUCACUGGAAAUCUCUCUCAAUCUUAGCUGUAACCAGUUUUCUGGUGAAAUUCCAUCACAGUUCUCUAGUCUUAGCAAACUAGGAGUGCUUGAUCUCUCACACAACAAGCUCUCAGGGAAUUUAGAUGCUCUCUCUGACCUUCAGGAUCUUGUGUCUUUAAAUGUUUCCUUCAAUGGCUUCUCCGGUGAAUUGCCUGACACCCCAUUCUUCCAUAAACUCCCUCUCAGUGAUCUCACUGAAAAUGAAGGUCUCUACAUUGCUGGGGGUGUUGUAACUCCUGCUGACAGAAUGGAAUCCAAAAGCCAUGUCAAAUCAACUAUGAAGUUUGUUAUGUCCAUUCUAUUAAGCACCAGUGCUGUACUAGUGCUCCUCACAAUCUAUGUCUUGGUUCGUGCUCAUAUGGCCAACAAGGUGCUCAUGGAAAAUGAUAGUUGGGAGGUGACUCUGUAUCAGAAGUUUGACUUCUCCAUUGAUGACAUUGUCUUGAAUUUGACAUCUUCCAAUGUGAUUGGCACUGGAAGCUCUGGAGUUGUGUACAAGGUGACAGUUCCAAAUGGUGAAACACUAGCAGUUAAAAAGAUGUGGUCAUCAGAAGAGUAUGGAGCAUUCAAUUCUGAAAUUCAAACAUUGGGGUCAAUUAGACACAAGAAUAUCAUCAGGCUUCUGGGUUGGGGAUCCAAUAAGAACCUGAAGCUUCUGUUUUAUGACUACCUCCCUAAUGGAAGCCUGAGUUCAUUACUUCAUGGUUCAGAGAAGGGAAAAGCAGAAUGGGAGACAAGAUAUGAUGUUAUAUUAGGUGUGGCUCAUGCACUUGCAUAUUUGCACCAUGACUGUGUGCCUGCUAUAAUGCAUGGAGAUGUCAAAGCCAUGAAUGUGUUAUUAGGUCCUGGCUAUCAACCUUACCUUGCUGACUUUGGCCUGGCAAGAAUUGUAAGUGAAAAUGGUGAUAGUACUAAUUCCAAGCCAGUUCAAAGACAUUACCUUGCUGGUUCAUAUGGAUACAUGGCUCCUGAACAUGCAUCAAUGCAACCUAUUACUGAGAAAAGUGAUGUGUAUAGUUUUGGUAUGGUUCUAAUUGAGGUCUUAACAGGAAGGCACCCAUUAGACCCAACUCUACCAGGGGGUGCACACUUGGUUCAGUGGGUUAGGAACCACUUAGCAAGCAAAGGAGACCCAUGUGACAUUCUUGACACAAAGCUUAGAGGAAGAGCUGACCCUACAAUGCAUGAAAUGCUACAAACUCUAGCAGUGUCAUUUCUAUGUGUAAGCACUAGAGCUGUUGACCGUCCAACAAUGAAGGACAUUGUUGCAAUGCUCAAGGAAAUUAGACCUGUUGAGACCUCAAGGGCAGACUCUGAUGCAUUGAAAGGAGGUUUAACAUCACACAGUUCCCCAACACCUCCUAAGAAUGUAGCUUCACAUGGGUCUUCUUCAUGUUCCUAUAAUUUCUCUGAUGACUCAAUCAGUUGAUCAAGUAUGCAUCUCAUGAACAAUUAAGCUGUGUGCUUCAUUCAAUUGUGCAUAGUCUAAUGCAAUGCCAAUUAUUAGAGCUGGCCUGAAUUAUUAAUUAGUGAUAUUCUAGUAAUCUAGUGUGGUAUUU